GUUUCAUGAGUCAGGAGUCUUUUAAAAAAAUGUCUUUACUACGGUGACCCUGGAACUUGCCCAACCUGUAUGGAAGUUUCAGGGUUUCAAUUAUUCUCAGCACAUGACAUAGUUUCCUUCUGGUUCUAUGAGAGUUUAUCUCACUCACAGGUGGAUCACUCAAUAUCAUGAAACUUUUUCUCAGAGAUACAUUGUUUCAUUAUCAUGUUCCACUUUUAGCUUCAUUUCUGUUUUUUUUAGGUCUCACUGCUAGUUAUUUAAAGUGCCUUCCAUGGCUCGCUUACUAACUUCUUCAUCUGCCUUGAGAUGGGGGACAGUAACGUCCUCUCAGUCAGUUCUGCUAAGAGCAUACAGCUCAGGGAGCUCCGAUACAGAGUAUCUGCGCAGAAGCAUUGUUCCAACUAUGCACUUCCAGAAAAGCCUGCCAAGGCUGCCAAUUCCUAAACUUGAAGACACUAUAAAGAGAUACUUGAAUGCACAGCGACCUCUGCUGGAUGAUGUUCAGUUUAAGAAAACUGAGCAGCUGGCCUUGAACUUUCAGAACGGUGUUGGAAAGCAGCUGCAUGAAGAGCUAGUGCAGCAGGACAAACAGAACAAACACACAAGCUAUAUCUCUGGUCCUUGGCUUGAUAUGUAUAUGUGCGCCCGUGAUUCCGUCGUUCUGAAUUUUAACCCCUUUAUGUCUUUCACACCUGACCCAAGGCCAGAUUAUAACAGGCAGCUGAUCAGAGCCACAAACAUGACCGUUUCUGCCAUGCGUUUUUUAAAGUCCUUGAGAGCUGGGAAUUUGGAACCUGAAAUCUUCCAUUUAAAUCCAGCAAGAAGUGACACACUGACAUUCCGGAAAUUAAUCCGGUUUGUGCCCGCCUCUCUUUCCUGGUAUGGUGCAUAUAUGGUGAAUGCAUAUCCUUUAGACACGUCGCAAUAUUUCCGUCUUUUUAACUCUACUCGCAUUCCAAAACCUAACAGAGAUGAACUUUUGACAGAUGAAAAGGGUAGACACUUACUGGUUCUAUGGAAAGGGAACUUCUAUGUAUUUGAUGUCAUAGACAGAGAUGGAAAUAUAGUGAAGGCAUCAGAAAUCCAGGCACACCUUCAGCACAUUUUGUUUGAUACCACCCCGACCCCAGAAUUCCCACUAGGAUAUUUGACCAGUGAGGAGAGGAACACAUGGGCAAUUCUAAGGCAGCAAUUGCUGGAUAACGGGAAUGAAGAGGCUCUGGCAAAAGUAGAUUCUGCUGUGUUUUGCUUAUGCCUGGAUGAUUUCCCUAUUAAAGAUAGUGUUCAUUUGUCACACAAUAUGCUGCAUGGUUCUGGUCUGAAUCGCUGGUUUGACAAGUCAUUCAGCAUUAUUAUGACUGAAGAUGGGACAGCCGCUAUUAACUUUGAACACUCAUGGGGAGAUGGAGUUGCUGUGUUAAGGUUCCAAAAUGAGGUUUUUAAGGACAGCACACAGAGGCCAGCAAUAUCUCCAGAGUCAUGUUCUGCUCCUGUGGACUCAAGCAAAGCAGUUCAGAGACUGAACUUUAACUUAGAUGACUCUUUGAAAGCUGCAGUAACAAAUGCCAAAAAUAAGUUUGACACUUCUGUAAAUGCACUAUCCAUUGCAAUGAUGGAGUUCAAGAAAGGAGGAAAAAAGUUUCUCAAGACACAGAAGCUGAGCCCUGAUGCUAUUUUGCAGCUGUCCUUUCAGAUGGCUUUUCUGAGACAGUAUGGCAAGACAACGACCACAUAUGAAGCCUGCAGCAAUGCAGCAUUUAAACAUGGUCGCAUAGAGACCAUUAGGCCAGCUUCCAUAUAUACUAGGAAGUGUUCGGAGGCAUUUGUUAUGCAUCCCUCGAAGUAUAGCCCAGCAGAGCUCCGCAGCAUGCUCCAGGAAUGCUCAAAAUACCACAGACAACUGACCAAGGAAGCAGCGAUGGGUCAGGGUUUUGAUCUGCAUUUAUUUGCACUGAGAUACUUGGCAUCAAGCAAGGGGCUUUCACUUCCUGAAAUUUACCAGGACGUCCCAUAUGCACAGAUUAAUCAUAUCAUUCUAUCCACCAGCACACUCACCAGCCCUGCUCUACAGAAUGCAGGCUUUGCACCAGUAGUGCCGGAUGGGUUUGGAGUAGCAUACUUUGUACAUGAUGAUUGGAUUGGCUGCACAGUUUCUUCAUAUCCGGAGUGUGAUGUGAGACAGUUUGUGCAGUGUGUGCAUCAAUCCCUGGAUGACUUCUUCAGUGUUCUGCAAGACAAACCCUUGAAAUAAUGCAGUUUGGAAAGAAACAUUUCAUGAAUGUCUGCAUACCAGAAAAUGACAGGUCACUCAAGAUAUUUGAUUUGGUUUGAUUUUUUUUUUUUGAAAGAGAAAAUACAUCCUUAUAUUUAUAUUGAGCUUUCCAUUAAUUUCCCUUCAUUUUCAGUAAGGCAUAACUAACUUUGCACACAGGUUUUUUUUGUAUCAUGGACAGCACCACUCACGGUUUUUCUUUCCUUUAAAAAGCCUUUAUUAAG